AAAAUCAUAGAUGAACAUAAUUUACAAAAAUAAAAGUAUAUCAAAAGCCGGCUUUUAAAUAAUUCUUUAGCUUAGACACACAAAUUCUUGUUUACGCAAUAACAGUAAUUAAAAGAGUUCAAGGUAGCUUUUUGGUGCAUACAAGCGUGGAUAAGCACAUAUGUAUGUAUAUGUGUAUAUGUAUGUAUGUAUAUAGAUUUUAAAAAAUAUUGCUUUUCUGCAGCUAAGUCGAUCAGUUUAGCGCAGCUUAUCGCUUGGUGCACACGUAAAUCUUUAUUGCCGCUCUAACUGGUUAAAAUACAGCAAAAAUUAAAAACCAUAUUGAACGGUAUUAGUAAAGUAUGUGUGUGUGAGUAAAAAAAGUACGCAAACGAUAAUUAAACUGUAAAUAAAUUUAAAAAUUUUUUAAAGAAAGACAAUAAAAAAAUACAAAUUUACUUAACGAAAUUAAAUAAAAUUAUUAUAUUAUAAAAAAAAAUUGAAUAAUUUAAAAAAAAAUAAAAUAAAUUUCAAAAAAAUAAAAAAAAAUUAAAAAAAUAAAUAAUAAAAUAAAAUUAAUUAAACAACAAAUUAUCGUAGUUAAAAGCAAAAACUAUUUUAAUAAAAAAAUAUAAAUAAAAAUAUCCAGAAAAUUUUGAAUAAUAAAAUUUUAAUGCAAUAAAUGCAUAGGAAAUAAAUUUUCAAAAAUAUUAAACAAAAAGAUCAUAAAUAAUAAAAAAAUAAUACAAAAAAUAUACCAUAUAUAAAAAAUAAAAUAUUAAUUCAAUAAAUUUUUAAAAAAGCAUAUACAAAAAUAAAUUAAAAAAAAAUUCCCAAUAACAGAAAACUGAACAAUAAAAAAUUACACAUCUCUAUGUAACUAAAAACAUGUCGUUGGUGCUAGUUAUAUUUUUAACCUUUGCGGCGUGCUAUUUUAUACGCGCUAAAUGGCCGGUUUUUACUGUCGGUAGACGUAUACGCGGACCAUGGGCCUUGCCGUUGGUCGGUAAUGUGCAAAUGAUCAGCAAAUUGAAGCCGGAAUCUUUAUUCAAAAUCGUCGCAGAGUUUCGCGCUAAAUACCGUGGAACUUAUCGUUUAUGGCUCGGGCCGGAGUUAUGGGUCUUUCUGCAUAGUCCAGCGGAGACGCGUGAAGCUUUGCAUGACACGACAUUAACGAGACCGGUGGCAUUUCAACAACUAAGCGUAUUAAUCGGUAAUGGACUGCUGAUAAGUCAUGGCAAACAAUGGGAAACUCAUCGACGCGCACUAAGUCCCGCCUUUCAUGCAAAUAUACUAAAUACUUUUGCACCCGUGAUAGCGCAGCAUGGCGAGGAGUUGGUGCGAAAACUGCGUGCGACCGAGGGCAGCUCAGUAGAAGUUAGUGAUUAUCUCUUCGCUUGUGUACUGGAUGCGAUAGUAGAAACCUCUAUGGGCAAACAGCUGAACUCGCUCACGGAUCCACAUAAUAGCUAUGCGCAUGCUUUUCACAAAACCAGUGAACUGCUCUUCAAACGCAUGACGAAUCCACUAUUGGCGCUGGAUUUCAUAUUUCAACACACAAAUAUGUAUCGCGAGCUGAGCGCCUCUGUCGCAGUGAUACAUCAGCUGAUGGCUACUGUGAUUGAUGAGCGCAUCGCGGCACUUAAACAAGAGGAGUCGUUGAUUUCUGGCGUUAUUACGGCACCAGCCGAGGAAGGCAUACGCAAGCAGCGUCGUACGUUGCUGGACACACUGUUAACCACUCAAAUAGGCGGGGAAGGGUUGACACGCAGCGAAAUUUGUGACGAGGUGAAUACGUUUGUGUUUGCGGGUGUUGACACCACCACAGCAGCGAUGUGUUUUGUGCUCUACAGUCUAGGUAAAUAUCCGGCGGAACAGCAUAAAUUGUUGACAGAAAUUGAAGAACAGCUCUCCCUUGGUGCGGAACUCACUGCCGAAGCACUCAAUCGUUUGACAUAUUUGGAUCUUUUCGUCAAAGAGGUCUUACGUUACUACACUGUAGUGCCGCUCACGGGACGCCAGACUACUAGCGAUACGGUGAUCGGUGGGCGGCGCUACUGUGCUGGUAUAACACUUUGGAUUGAUUUGUAUGGACUUGCACAUGAUGCGCAAUAUUUCGAUAAGCCGGAUGAGUUUCAACCGUUGCGUUUCGCGCAAACACAGAAGGAGCACUUGCCGCCAUAUGUUUAUAUGCCAUUCUCGGGUGGCCCACACAUUUGUAUAGGUCGUAAUUAUGCAUUACUUAUUAUGAAAAUGUUGACGGUGCAGAUUUUGUGCAAUUUUGAGGUAAACUUGCGCGAUCCACAUGAAGAGUUGGUGCUGCAGUCGCAAAUGGUGCUAAAGUCGCUGCAUGGUUUCAAUUUGAUGUUCAGGCAAUGAGUAUAAAUUACUGAGAAUAUAGUGUCGAUAUUUUUAUUAUUUAAUUAAGAGUCUGAAUAAAGUGCAUCACUGCAAAACUA